AUGGAGGUGGAGGAGUGUAUGGCGGUGUCGGUGCGGGGGCUUUACUUUGUGGUGACCCUGUUUCUGGGUAGUUUCCUUGGCAGCAUCUUAAUGCUAGUCCCUGUGCUUCCUCUCAUGCUGAUGUCACCCGCCUGGUACCGCUGGAUCACCAACUCUAUCGUGGCCACCUGGCUCACCCUGCAUGUGGCCUUGCUUGAGCUGGUGUUUGGGGUGAUGGUGGUGAUCACGGGUGAUGGCUUCAUCCCAGAGGAGCAUAGUGUGAUCAUCAUGAACCACCGGACCCACCUGGAGUGGAUGUUCCUGUGGUGCUGCCUGCUGAGGUAUAGCUACCUGCGCCUGGAGAAGAUCUACCUCAAGGUGGGACCACAGCCACAGGAGGAGGACCACAGCCACAUGGAGAACAUGCUGGAAUACUUCUGUGACAUCAGAGAGCCCCUGCAGCUCCUCCUCUUCCCUGAGGGCACUGACCUGACCGACUACACUAGAGCAAGAAGUGAUGACUUUGCAGAAAUGAAUGACCUGCCUAAGUUUGAGUAUGUGCUGCAACACCGCACCACCGGAUUCACCUUUAUCAUGGACUCUCUCCGCAACGGAAACAACCUAGAUGCCAUCCAUGACAUCACCGUGGCCUACCCCAAAAACAUCCCCCAGACAGAGCGCCACCUGAUCCUGGGGGAGUUCCCCCGGGAGAUCCACUUCCAUGUGCGUUGCUGCGAGGCCUCCAUCCUCCCCUUCCGACCUGCAGGACUGUACCUGUACAUUGACGAUCUGGGAGGUCGCCUGAGUGACCUCUACGCCGCUGAGCCCCUGGGCUUUCCACAGGGAGUGUGCCGCGUGCCCCCCUGUAAGACAGAGCUCCACAUGGCUCUGAUCAAAACCUCUCUGUUCUACUGGAGCUCCUUCAUAACCUUACUUCGCAGACCUCUGGCUCUGGGUCUUAUAUGAUUUUAUUUCAUAUCAUUCUUGAACCAGAGUGUCAUAAUAAUAGCCAGAAUACUAUUUCUUAGUUCAGUUAUAGCUAUGUGUUUUAAAUGGAUUUUAUUAUUGUUUUGUAUGUUGUCCCUUGGUUAUGUAUUUAUUUAUUUUAAAUGAUGGAACAGAGCCAUAGUAUACAGCACUCAUACAUUAGAUGUGUGUAUACUGUGAUCAUUUUUGCCAUUAUUGUUCUGUGUUUAGCCAAUGUAGAUUAUCCAUUAGUCAAGCCAAAUUAAUCACUGGUUCUGCAAGCAAUCAUUAGCCAACAAAAAGUGAUUACCGGUAGAACUGAAUGCUUUCAGUCGAAGUGAUGAGUCAAUCGUGCACUUAAAGUGUUUGGUGGCAGGGAAUCUGAACACUGUGUAACACAUUAAGGCUACUGUCAAUCCAUUUACAUUGAGCCUUUAUAGACGAGCUAAGCUGUUUUCAGUGAUUACCUCUCGAUAAACCUGUAAACCUGAUCAUUUUUGUAUACAUGCUGGAAGUAGCUUUUGCACCAGGAAAUUCAAAGGCAAAAAUCAGCCAUGUAAUGUAAAAAGGAAUCAAACGGAAUGUAGUAGUCUGCCAAAACUGGGCAGGGCAGUUCCACCACGCAUCGCUGCUAAGGUACUAGUGAACUGCAGCAACACUUUCAUGCACUCUUUUUUGGAAUGGGCGACAGUUCAGGAAUUGAGAUCUGAGACUGAGCAACUGCAAAGCAGCUUAGAAAGAGAGGGUGGAGGGUGGAAGAACGUAAUUUAGACAACACCCACAACGUCCAAGGGGGACACAGAGGACCAGACUUGGAGUGGAAAACUGGCCUUGAAGUCGCCCUAAUCCAAAAAAGCCUCAUGCCCACCUCUUUCUCUCCCCAGCAAACUUGCAUCGAUGCUCUCAGCGCGCUAAACUCAAUUAGCGAACAACAGCUGAGAAAGCUCAACCGAUUAUGAAAAUAAAACAAAGAAAUGAAAAUGAUAGCAUGGUCAGUUGUCACGCCCUGACCGUAGAGAGCUUUUUAUGUCUCUAUUUUGGUUUGGUCAGGGUGUGAUUUGGGUGGGCAUUCUAUGUUCCUUUUUCUAUGAUUUGUAUUUCUUUGUGUUUGGCCGGGUGUGGUUCUCAAUCAGAGGCAGCUGUCUAUCGUUUUCUCUGAUUGAGAACCAUACUUAGGUAGCCAUACUUAGGUAGUUGUUCAUGUAUAGUUGCCUGUGAGCACUACGUUGGCUGCACGUUUUCGGUUUGAUGUUUAUUGUUUUGUUGGCGACAUCAUAUAAUAAAGAAGUAUGUACGCUCACCACGCUGCACCUUGGUCUACUGUUUCCACCUUAGACGAUCGUGACAGCAGUGCUAUGUCCACGAGUAACCUAGCCACGCUCUCAAUGCCACAUCCAACCUUGCCAUAGUGUUCUGCCAAUCCAGAACCAUUUUUAUGAAGGACACUGUUUGAUCUACCGACCACCUCAAUGCUGCAGGUCAAAUUAUAAUUUUUGUAAGAAAAAAAAUGUGUCCUAUGUACAAAGUCAUAGAUGGUUAUCGAUGUGUUUUUGUUUCUUGAAAUACGAGGCCCUGUUGUUCAGGUGUAUGGGCUGGUUCCAGUCACAGUGAUUAGACUGCGUUAACAAUUCUCUCAUCAGGAUGUCAAUGGCUUACCAAAUUACUACUCAUCUCUCUAUUACUAGAAUUUCUGAAACAACAGGAUGUCACCCAUCUCUCUCCGUCUCUCUCAUCUGUUCUCUUUGUUUUCCUUUCUCUAUAUUUCUUGGUUUCUCAAAAUUCUCUAUUUCUCUGUUGGGUUUUCUCUGUGUUUUGUUAUUGUCCAUAAUAUAAUCAACUGCUGAUGUUGGACUCCUUUCCAAUCACUGUCCUCAGAUAAAUCUUUACUGGCCAAUGUUGUCAGUUAUCACGCUGUUCAAUAAAUGUAACAUUUCAUCCCAUGCA